AUGCCCUGGGUGCGGAUGAGCGCCGAGAGCCGCCGCACGUCCCCCUUGAACACGCACUCGUGCACGGGGAAGGGGCCGCGCUCGGGCCCGGCGGGGGCGGCCCGGGCGCUUGCGGAGCGGCCGCACGUGGCGGUGUGGGUGCUCGGGCUCCCGCUGUGUCCCGGCCCGGGGUGCUCUCAGGGGUCGGGGCUGUGUCGGGGCUUGGGGUUCAUCUCGGAGAUGGAGCCCCCUGUGGGAUCGGGGAUGUGUCCAGGAGCGGGGUUCUCGGGGAUUGCGGCCACCUCCGGGUUCGGGCCUGUGUUAGCUACAGUUGCUAAAGUGAUUGACAGAUUUGAGGAUGAAACCACAGAUGAUAUUCUGCCUGUUGGCAAUAUCAGGAAAAGAGCUUCAGCCUCUCUCCUGGAAGCUGAUAAGAGGUACAGUGGGAAAGCCACAUCUCGGAAAGCUCUGCAGGAAGAGCUCUGGGGAGAUGCUCUGUCUGAAGAAGGAUCUGCUGAAGAAGCAUUAGAUGACUGGUACAGUGACAGUGAAGGCUCAGAAGAGGAGGACAAUGUUGGCCCAAAGGCCAGGGAGAAGCCCAGCAGUGCUGGCAGUGAGCAGGAAGAUGAUGAAGAGGAUAAGGAAGAGGAGGAGCUGCCUAUCAAGGCCAAGGCACCAAAGUUCAGCUUCCAGAAUAUCACAGACUUUGAGAAGUUUACAGAGGGGAUGGAUGAUGCAGGGAGCAGUGAAGGGGAGGAUGAAGAUGAGGAUGAGGAUAAAGAUGAUGCUGACAUGGAAGAAGGGAGUGAGAAGGAGGAGGAAUUUGGGAGUGAAGACCACGAUGACGAAAAAGAAACCAAAGACAGCGAAGAUGAUGGGGGAGUGCUGACCUUCUCCAGAGGACAGGAGUCUGAAGAGGUGGAGAAGGGCAAAGCUGUGAGGAACCAGCUAGCCCUGUGGGAUCAGCUGAUGGAAGGGAGGAUCAAGAUGCAGAAGGUGCUCAUGACAGCCAACAGGCUGCCCCAGCCAGACACCUACCCCAGGUUCAGGAAGGAGGGGGGCCAGGACUUUGACAACGCUGUGGAGAACUGUUGUAAAGCCCUGGAAGCCUUGCUGAAAGUGCUGGUGGAACUUCAGGAUGAGCUGCUUUAUCAGUACCCAGGCACAAGGCAUCUGGUCGAUGGAAAGCAAGCAAAAACUGAGAGUGAGGAUGAAAUUCCGAGCAGCAGCGAUGAGGAGCCAGUGGAGAAGGUUCAGGAGAAGAGGAGGAGCCUCCCCAAACGGAAGCUGAAGUUUGAGGAGUACCCUGAGUUCAUAGCCAAGCGCUACAAGGACUUCAGGACCUACAGGAACAGCACCCUGCAGAAGUGGCACGACAAGACAAAGCUGGCAACGGGCAAAAUGGGCAAGGGCUUCGGAGCCUUCGAGCGCUCGGUGCUGGCGCAGAUCGAUCACGUCCUGCUGGACAGGGAGCGAUUGCUGCGGCGCACCCAGACCCGCCGCUCCCUCUACACCGUGCUGGGCAAGCAGGAGCAGCAGCCUGCCCCAGCCCCUCAGCCUGGGCCUGACAACUCGGAAGUCCUCCCUCCCUCAGAUUCCAACAGGCACCUGAAGGACAUCGAUGAGGAGAUAUUUGAUGAUGAUGACUUUUAUCACCAGCUCCUGCGAGAGCUGAUUGAGCGUAAAACCACUUCCCUGGACCCCAACGACCAGGUGGCCAUGGGCAGGCAGUGGUUGGCCAUCCAGAAGUUACGGAGCAAAAUAAAGAAGAAAGUGGACAGAAAAGCCAGCAAAGGAAGGAGAAUCAGGUACCAUGUCCACAGCAAGCUGGUGAGCUUCAUGGCACCUAUUGACCAGUGCACAAUGAAUGAUGAUGCCAGGUGAGUACAAGAUUAAUUAUGUUUCUCAAAUGGCUCCAUGACAGCGUGGUAUUGACCUGUUCUUCAGCCUGUCACCCUCUCCAUUCCUUCUUAUCAGUUCCCCAUUUGUCACUGGCAUCAUAGCCUGGGUGUCUUGGUCACAUCUGUCCUGGCAGCCUGGCUUGAGCUUUCACUCUGUAAUUACUGUGACACCAAAUGAGAAGUUGUCAUAAAUCUCAGCACCUACGUUUUGGUUGCUGCUUUAGAACUCCUCCCAUUUUGAAAUUUCCCUGUUUUAUGGAAUUAGUUUGGAAAUACUGGUCUACCUGGUGUCUUCAGGUAGAAUCAGAACUUAAAAAGAGCUUCUCUUCUAACAGAAAUGACAACUGUAUUCUGGUUAAUGUGCAGUUUCUUAGCUCAGUUAAUAAAUGGAAUAAUUC